GUGUUUGGUGGUGAUUUAUUAGGAAACUCCAAUUUGUCUACAAAACUUACAAAACUUUAUGUCUUAUAAUCUUGAAUAUAUGUUUUAAGAGUCCACUAGAGUGACUGCUACUUCGUCCACAUGUAUUAAUAACAUUUUUACAGAUUAUUUUACACAAAAUAUGUCAACAACUACCUUGAGAUCAUUUAGGAGUAAUAGCUUUCCACAUAAAUGUACAUUUGUGGCUAGGAGAGGCAUCAUAGUUGUGCCAAAAAGUGUCGGUCACAAACAUUGUAAUGUCUUAUGGGGAAAUGUUGGCGACAUACAAACGAUUUUUGUGCUUCUGAUACAAUAUAUUAGAUCAAUUUAUAAUCUAAGGAUUAGGGACUCUUUAGAAAAAUUUAAAGUAAUAGACAUUAAGACUGUUGUUUCUCAAUACAUAUACGAGAACUUAAUGUGCUUUCGUAAAAAAUAUUAGUUUAUUUUCUACAAAAAGUGAUAUAAAAACUAUGCCUGUCAUAUCUGAUUAUAUAAAAGAUAUGAAAAUGCUUGGACUUAGAUGGUCCAGCAUCUGGAUAGGUCAUUCCUCCUAAACUCCUGGAUAUAAUUUUACAAAGUUUAAAAUGUAGCGUGGGGCCUUCAUAUCAUAGUUACGCCUCUGGUUGUUAUAUAUAGGUAAAUAUGUAUAUGUGUAUAUUGGUGCAUCGAGGAUCAGUACCAGUAUGUCGGUGCGCAUAAUUGAGGCAGGUGUUUAUGUGUGUAGUGGGCGCUGCGGUCCGCGGCGGCUGCGCAGCCUGCCCGCUAUCAUUCUUGUUGUGUUCUGUGUGUUGUAGAACAACACAGCCGGCACCGCAUCUCGACAAUGUCCACGUAGUGUUCGGGGCGGUGGUGGGCGGCGCCGCGCUGGUGAAGCAGCUGGAGGCGCUGCCGGUGGACAGGAACGCGCGCCCGCUGCAGGACGUCACCGUCGCCAACUGCGGACAGCUCGUGCGGCUCCACACCGCUAAAAAACGUAAAACUGACAAAGAGAAGGAGACAGAAGAGAGUGAUGCUGACUCGGAGAAAUCUCAUAAGAAGGACAAAAAGAAGAAGAAAGACAAGAAAGAGAAGAAAAAGAAAAGACAUCACUCUGGUCGAUCUGAAGAAGAAGAAGAAGAGGAAGGCGAAUUGCCCUCCCAUCCCCUCGUAACUACUUCUAAAAUAGACCCAAAAGAAAUACCAGAGGUACCCACUAACAGGUUCCUUAUGAGAGGUGGUAGAGAUCAAGAUAGACCUGAUCCCAGGAGGGAUAGAGAGAGGAUGCGGUAUCGUGAGAGGGAACGUCAUUCUUACACACGAAGUGGCAGAAUUAUCAAAGGCAGAGGAGUUUUUCGGUACCGCACGCCGUCGCGGUCCCGGUCGCGGUCCCGGUCGCGCUCCGUGACGCCGCCGCACUGGCGGCAGGCGCAGCGGCGCAUCGUCAAACUGUCCGAUAUCGAGCGCGUUGAGCAAGAGCGUUCUGAGAAACAACAUCAAGCCGAGAUGAGACAGAAACGCGCAGAAAAAUAUAAUAUGGAUCAAGAGCCGGGUACUCCUGAGCAGCCCAGGGAGAAAGAAGAGGGUGAAUGUGAUACUACAAUGGAAAAGUCUACUCACGAAAAAAUAGAUUACAACGCGUUAGACUUCGAGGAGGACGUAGAACAUGACGAAGACGCAGAUGCGUCCCAUAAACGCAGAUAUACUGACAAGGCGGAACAUCGCCGCCGCGACAACCGGGACUUGCGGGACAACCGGGACUUGCGGGACAACGUGAGGGAAGCACGAGACACCAGUAAACACCCGGAGAGUCGCGCUGAUAUGCUCGCUCUAGCUCUCGGUGUGAAUCCCAAACAUGACAAGGACACAGAUAGGCCGAGAGAUUUUCGUGAAAAUCGUGAUAUGCGUCGCCGCGAAGUAUCGUCUAUAGUGCAUGCGGCUCCCAAACUGUCGUCGACGGUAGCGCACGUGACGGAACCUCCGCUCAAACCUGCGCAAAUGAACCCCAACGAGUACGACCCCUUCACUCUACUGCGCAGCACAUUCAACCGGGACAAGAAGGAUAAACCUAAAGAUUCAGGCAGGAAAGAAGAGCGCGAACGCACCGAGAUUCGUCCCGACAAUCGCCGGGAGAAAGAGAAACCCAAAGAAAAAGAAAGAGAGGAGAAAAAAGAUCGUCACAGAAACGAAAGAGAGGAAAGAAAGCAACCGGCGAGGAGUGAGAAACACGAUAAAGAUAGAAAGUUACCGGAAAAGAGUGAUCGUCACGAAAGAGAGCGUAAGCAUUCGGAGAAGAGUGACAAAGAUGAUGCUAGAAAGGAGAAGGAUGAUAGUAGAAAAUACGUUGAGAAAAAUGAACGAGACCGUAAGUAUUCUGAAAGAAGUGACAAGGAUGGUAAGUCGGAUAGAAAGGAUGAUGAGCGCGACCGUUCGAGGGAGAGAGACAGACACAGGGAGAAGAGUGAGAGGCAUAGAGAUGAUAGAGAAAAGGACAGGAAAAAGAAGAGAUCUUCCCGUUCCAGCAGCAGGGGCAGAUCCAGGACUCCAAAGCGGGAUAGCAAGCGAUCCGUCUCAAGAGAUAAGCGUGACAAAAGUAGGGACAAAUCACCAAAAAAUGAAGACAAGAAAAAGGAGGAGGAAAGAAACGAAGCCAGGAAAGAGUUAAUGGAGAUAGUCCGUCUCAUCAAAUCCAGGCAGCGAGACAGAGAGAAUAAAGCCGCAGCAGAAGCCAAAAAGAAACGUUCAGCGUCCGCCAGUUCCUCGGACUCCGGACACGAUCGCAAGCGGCGCCGCUCCACCGACAGGAAGAGGAGUGAGAGUCCCAGAGCGCGUCGCGGCAGCUCUGAUCGUCGUCGCCGCCGACAUCACUCCUCGUCGGACCGUUAA